AUGGUGGCCAUUAUCGAACGGUGCAAAAGCUUGGAUGCUGGAAUCGUUUAUGUUUUCUUCUCUGUGUCCUAUGGAAGGCGAAUCAGUGAUGGGUUGUUGAACACAGACGCCAAGGGGAUAUGCUUGACGGAUUCACGAAACAUAGGGGUACAAAUUGAAGAUGAUGGUGCUUGCGGAACAGAAGGGAGAACAAUUGGGUCUGUUGGGAUUGGUGAUUUUUGUGUUGUAUUUCUUUUGGUUGAAAUUGUUGUUUCCCCUGCUAAUGGGACUGUAGAUCUGAUCGAUGUAUUACCAGGGAUGUAA